GAGAUGGGACUGGGAGUCUGAGUAAGAGAUAUAGGGAAGAAAGGGAAGUGGGCAGGCACAGACACUGGCAGACAUCAGGAGUUCAAGUGUUUUUGGCAUCAGGAAGCUGGAAGAAAGGACAGAAAUCGCUCUGACUGUGAUGGGACUCUUACUGGGCCUGCGGCUCCUGAGCCACCUACUGGUGGUCACCUAUGGCCAUCCAAUCCUGGAAGUGCCUAAGAGUGUGACAGGACCUUGGAAAGGGGAUGUAAAUAUUCCCUGCACCUAUGGUCCUCUGCAAGGCUAUACACAAGUCUUGGUAAAGUGGUUGGUACAACAUGGCUCAGACCCAGUCACCGUCUUUCUACGAGACUCCUCUGGAGACCAUAUCCAGCAGGCAAAGUAUCGGGGCCGCCUGCAUGUAAACCAUGAGGUUCCAGGAGAUGUUUCACUCCAACUGAAUACCUUGGAAAUGGAUGACCAGAGCCACUAUACUUGUGAAGUCACUUGGCAGACCCCUGAUGGCAACCAAGUCGUGAGAGAUAAGAUCAUUGAACUCCAUGUCCAGAAACUCUCUGUUUCCAAGCCCACGGUGACAACUGGCAGUGGCUACGGAUUCACAGUACCCCAGGGAAUGAGGAUUAGUCUUCAAUGCCAGGCUCAGGGUUCUCCUCCCAUCAGUUAUGCUUGGUACAAGAAACAGACUAAAAAUGAAGCACCCAUCAAGAUAGGAGCCUUGGGUACAUUGCUCUUCAAGCCAGCAGUGGUGACCGAUUCGGGCUCCUAUUUCUGUACUGCCAAGGGUCGGGUAGGCUCUGAGCAGCACAGUGACACUGUGAAGUUUGUCGUCAAAGAUUCCUCAAAUCCACUUGAAGCCAAGACUAAGACACCUCCAACUAUGCAAUCACCCUUGGAAGCAACAUCCACAGUGAACUCAUCCUGGGUCUGGACCACUGAAAUGGAUGGCUACAUUGAGAAGACCAGUACUGGUCCAGGAAAAGGACUGCCUAUCUUUGCCAUCAUUCUCAUCAUUUCCUUGUGCUGUAUAAUGGUCAUCACCCUGACGUAUAUUAUGCUCUGUCGGAAGACAUCCCAACAGGGGUGCAUGCCAGGGAGGCCAGUGACUCUGGUGAAUCCAUGAGGGUGGCCAUCUUCGCAAGUGGCUGCUCCAGUGAAGAUCCACCUUCCCAGACUCUGGGCAACGACUAUUCUGAUGAGCCUUGCCUAGGCCAGGAGUACCAGAUCAUCGCCCAGGUCAAUGGUGACUACACUCGCUUGCUGCACACAGUUCCCCGGAAUUAUGAGCAUCCGACCACUAAGGGCAAGGGUGUCUGCUAAAAGUAUCCUAUUCGGCAAGGGUCUAUAAACAUGGUUGCCUACUCAGUCCCAGCACUCUGCAUGACCCCUUUUCCUAAUAUUUUUUCUUCCUGGAUUGUCCAAUGUAUCUUUCCUGCCAACUCUGGAGUCCCUUGGCCUAAGCAGCUGUCAUAUGCACCUCAAGCAAGACUGCUACUGGUCAGGCUCUAGGCCCUUCUAGUAUCCCUGCCUGUGGCUUCUGCUGCUUCUCUCCAGACACCAGAGGGAAUUUCACAUAUAACUAGUACUUUGUCAUCUUGCCUCUAGACACCAAUGAAUUUUGACUUCUUACCACCAGAGGGAUGCUCAGCUCUGCCAGCUCAGGGGACCAGUUAGAUUCAGGAUCACUUUCCUUUGUCUAGUACCAGAUAGCUUUUAAUUGAGAUUAUCAUGUAACAGGCCAAAGUUCAGUUCUGCUCCUGCACUGUGAGUCUAGUGUUCUCAUACCCUUUUGAUGCUCAAUAAAUAUCUAAACAUAAUAGCAAUCUUGGUCAUAUUGGUCUUCUCUCAAGGACCUAAGAAAAGCGAUUGAAGUUAGACUAGUUGAGAUAGUUGGGACCCUGGAAAUAUGGAUAGCACCUUUGAUUUUUUUGUUUUUUCUCCUUCCCAUCCAUACUACCCUUACCUGAUUUGAGCAGUGAGCUCACAAGAACACAAUUGAUCUUUGGUAAAACAGUACUCAACUUCUUUCUGUUCUCUUCCUAAUCUUCCUGCCAUAUCUAUCUGGAUGACUCUUCCUGGGUCAAUUAGAAACCUAAAAAUAAGGAAUCUUUCUUUUUUUCUCAGGGGACUGUGGGUACAGAGAUAAAGAGCUCCCCUUCUUUCCAAAGUAUGGAUAUCACCCUCAAAGAUUUCCACCUCCUAGAAUCCUAAAAUCUUUGGAGUAGUUUUAUUCUUCAUAGGUCAUCUUUAUCUCCUGGUCCUUUCCUAAAACAUAGGGUGGGGUAAAAACAAGGAAGUAUUUCUCCUCAAGCAGGAAUAGGCACGAGGUGUGUAAGUGUGUCUGUGUGUGUCUGUGUGUGUUUAUCUGUCUGUAUAUGUUCACACAGACAUAUACCUUUAAAUUAAUCUACCUGGAGAGGACGUGUUCUGGGCCAAGUUCAGCAUUGCUUCCUUUCCUUCAUGUAAUUAAUGUCAAAUAAACUUCUUCACUCUCCAUGGAA